AUGAGUAGUCAAAGCGCGAUCCGUCCGGGAAUCAAGGUGCUUUUCUUCGAUGUCUUUGGGACUUGUGUCCAACAGAGGAAACCUGUGGCUGAUGAGUUGUACAAUGCUACGAAAGAGGCGCUGAAGGCGGGGGAGGGGAUUGAUGAGGAGGUGAGGAGGAAGGCGGAGGGGAUGACGUGGGAAGAUUGGGAUGCCUUCGGCGUGGAAUGGAACGCCCAAAACGAAACCUACAAAUCCAGUCUCAUCGCCCAGCACGCCACCGUCGACUGGCCCGCCGUCGACGCCCAGCGCAUCGCCCUCCUCCCAACGCUCCUCGCCCAGGGGGGUCUUAUCCUCCUCUCUCCUUCUGCCUCCGACGCCAACAAAACCGUCCUCCCCGGCUCCCUCUUCACGCCCCCUCAACUCCAGCACCUAGCAAAAAUCUGGCACCGCCUCCCCGCCUGGCCCGACACAAUCCCGGGCCUCGAACAGCUAAACAAAAAAUUCACAACAGCAACCUUAUCGAACACCUACAACGCCCUCAUAACCUCCCUCGUCACCCACUCCCGCAUCCCUUUCCAACACACCUUCUCCGCCGACCUCUUCCCCCCGCACGCGUACAAGCCGCAUCCGGGGGUUUAUCUGGGUGCGGCGGAACGGCUGGGGGUGAGGCCAGAGGAGUGUGCGCUGGUGGCGGCGCAUUUGGGGGAUUUGAGGGGCGCGAAGGGUGUGGGGUUUCAGACGGUUUAUGUGGUGAGGGAGGGGGAGGAGAAGAGUCCUGGGUUGAGGGGGACGGGGAUUGAGGAUGUGGUUGUUGAUGGGGGGGUGGGCGGGGAGGGGUUUAAGGGGGUUGCGGGGGUGCUGGGGGUGCUGGGGGUGGAGGGGGUGUAG